AUGUAGGUAUAAAAAAUCAAUGGAUCUGGAGUUAUGAUUUUCAUUGAAUGUAAACAGGAGAUUUAUGUUCUAUUGCUAAGUAGCACUGGAAGAGGUGGAGUUUUCUUCACUGAAGCAGGAGGCAAAUUAGAACCAAGAUUAAAUACAGAAGAAAAUGCAAUCAAAGAAUUGUUUGAGGAGACUUAUGCUACUUUUAAAGUAAAAAGUCUUAAACAAUCUAAAAAUGUCAUAGUUAAUAAUAAAUAUGUUUGCUUUACUAUUAAAAUAUAAAUGGAUGAUUUAAUGGACAUCGAAAAAAUAAUGAAGAAUAAUAGGAAAAUUUUAAAUGAAUAAAAAGGAUUAAAUAGUUAUAGAGAAAUGUUUGGCUUUUAGUUCGUUAAAGUGAAUGAUUUACUAUAGUUAAAACAAAAAUCUAUUCAAUCUAAUGGUUAAUAAAUUUCUUUACACAAAAGAACAAUAAAUUCAUUUGAGGAAUUGAUAAAGCAAAAAAUUAUCAGAGAAGAUUUUACGGUUGAUGUACCAGUUUCCUAAUGUUAAGUACUUUAACAUUAAUAUGAGAAUUAAAAUGAUAAAUUACAUUCACUAAACAAAUAGUGUUAUCUUAGUAUUUCAUGA